GCUUUUAAAACCAAGAUUUUCCCUUGCAAUGCUUCAAUCAAGAAUCCUUUACAUCAAGGCAGGGUGCACUGCAAAGUCUCAGACUGAAGACAGCAAGACUUAUCUUAGUCACGCAGCUUCUGGCUGAGCCAUCUGACUGCUGGUUUAUCUGCUCCAACACAAAGCCUCUCACCCGGAUAGUGUCACUUUGGCUCCUCUCCUGCUGACUCCUGACUCCACUCUCUUCUAAAGGAGCUGCUGGAAGAACCAAGUCAUGGAGGAGACGACAGCUACUGACCAAGCAGAACUGGCGGUUUCCAAUGUGUCACCGUUAAUGAGCCAAGAUGAGGAAGAGGAGGACUUAAGCAUCCAAAACGAUGAUACCUCAAGGUCAGAUAAAGUUCCUGUGACGAUAGACCCAGUGCUAACUCAGCCUGGUCCGGCCAUGGCUACAACCACCAUCACCACCGUCACACAGAUGGGGGGAGACUGGAGCACGGGGCUUCUUGAUGUAUGUGGAGACAUGACAACAUGUAUUCUUGGAGCACUGGUGCCAUGCUUCUUAGACCUGAGUUUAGCCCACCAGUAUGGGGAGUGUCUGUGUCUGUCCCUCCUACCAGGAUCCACUUUUGCCCUCAGGGUUGGAAUUAGGGAGCGUUACAAAAUACGAGGAAGUGUGUGUGAGGACUGGAGUGCAGUGUGCUGCUGUUACCCUCUGGCUGUAUGUCAGAUGAUAAGAGAGAUGAAGCACAGGAUGAAGACCCAGACAUAUCAUGUGUCUACAGCAGUAGAGUCCUUGUGAUGAAACAGUUGACUGUAACCUUGUCCUUUGCAUGACAUUUCAACAUGGAUCAGCUAAUAUAACAGAGAUUAGCAUAAGUCUAUAGUAGCAAAUGACUUGAACCUUUGAAACAUUCUAUAUUAUCCAACACAAUGUCCAGAUUUCAUUCUUUUAUAUAAAAACCCCAAAUAUUUCAACAGCUGUUUGAGUAAAGUAUAUCAUUAAUAAUAUACCAUUACUUUUAUAAUUUAAAUAAUAUUGUGGCAACAUCUGAAAUCAGAUGAAAAGCAGGUGUGAAGAUAAAGCGUUUUUUUUUUCUUUUCUUUUAAACUUCCAUCAGACAUCAGAAAAGCUCUAAACAUGUCGUGCAAAAUUAAACUUAACACACAGACAAAUAGAACAGGUAGGUGACUGCCCUACAAAGACAUGCCUCUGUUACUGUGUUUGUCAUCUUAGCUGAAAUUUUCACCCAUUUUUCAAUAAAUUAUUUCACUUCACUCAUUACUUUUGUACUGGACUAGGAUUAUGCCUUUAAACCUCUAUAUAACACAUGUAAAAUACAAUUUAAAUGCUUAAAAAUGUGCUUAUUUAAUUUGGUCAUUGUUGAACUUUCGCUAGCACAUAACAAUGGUUUCUAAAAGCUGUUUCUUUAAUUAAUUUUUCUUUUUUUAGUCCCUGAUGAAUGAAAAUGACAGUCUUUAUUUUUGCAUGCCGUCUAGUUUGCCAGAAAGUCAGAAGUGCUCCAGCUUGAGAAUUUAGAUCAUUAUCGUAGCGCAGGGUUGCUCAGUUAGGGUCCUCGAGGUCCUGUGUCCUGCACCUUUUAGACGUGUCUCUGCUUUCACACACCUGAAUCACAUCGCUUAAUUACCUCCUCAGUAUGCUUUCAAGUUCCCCAGAGUCCUGCUGGUGACCUGAUCAUUUGACUCGGGUGUGUUGAAGCUGGGACACAUGUAAAAGAUUCAGGACACCGCAUGUUGAGGACUGGAACAUAGGAGCCCUGUCCUCGAGUCUUAUUUAAAACAUAAAGAUUUAUCACAUUGAUCCUACUUAGAACACUAUUAAAUAUGUCUCCAAAAUGUUAGCUGAUGGGAAAUAUUUUUAAAAUUAAUGGUGUAAUUUUCCCAUUUUGUUAAUAUAAACAUGCAUUUAUGUGAAAAGACAAGUCGUCAUAGGUGUUAAAAUGAAAUGACUGAAAUACUCAAACAGGAAGUGCUUUUAUCCUGAAGGGCCAGAAGUGACUUUGUAAUGACAGCAUUAGGUGAUUUUUUUUUUUUUUUUUUUUUGUUCUGUGCAAGCUCAAAACUAGUUAGCAAAAAGUUAAUUUGGGGGACAUCUUGGUGGUCAUUAAUCUGAUACUACAGCAUUAGUCCAUAGGAUUUAUCCCACUGUUAAAAAUCAAGACUGUUGGAAUUGUUGGUUACUCUAAAAUGCCCUUAAGCAUGAUUCUGUUUGCAUGGCUGUAUGUCCUGUGUAUCCCUGUGGUGGACGGUCGCUCUAUGCACCCUGCCUCUCACCCAUCAACCAAACUGGUGUCACAUAGAGAUAAGCACCAGGUCCUAUCUAGAUGGAUCCAUAAUCCAUGGAGAUCCCUGGUGAAUAAAUCAAACAAACUUUAUUUUUCACAGGAAAUAGGCAGAUUUGUGUCAGAGCUGUAGUUGCAGCUUAUCUAUUGUAAAUUUUGUUUGAUAGUAGCAUUUGUCAAAAAAAAUAACUUAAAAGCUGCUGUUAACUCCUGUCCAACAACAAACACAAAGGGAAUGUAUCACUAUGAUGUCAGUCAUGGUCACUCAGAUGGGACCACUACUAAUUAUAUGAGAUAAAC